CUCUCCUUAUUCUUCUUCAAAUUUUAGUUGUGCACCAUCAAUUUUUUGAGUUUUUACGAUUAACGUUAAUUCAUAAGUUUGUUUUGUAAUACUUUUUAUUGUGAUUUGUGAUUUUUAUGGUAAUAACUUAAUUACGAUUUUAUUGCAGAUGGCAUUCCAAAAGUUCACGCUUGGGUUACAGUGGAUUGGUUACACGGAAGAGACCGGAAGGGGGUAUGUUACCUCGGUGGCAAUUUUUAUAAAAUGAAUGUUGCUACGAGACCGAUGCUUGAAGAGCUCCAUCAAAUGUGUACUGAGGUUACCUGCAUGGAUGACACGAGAAGAGUUGAUCGUAUGGUGUAUCGAUAUCCAAACAGACAUGGCGGGUCAUUGUGGAAUGAGGAAUUUCUCAUUACCACUCAGGCGGAUGUUGAUUCCAUGCUCCAAUUUUUGAUGACCAACAACAUUAAACAGGCAGAGAUGUUCGUUUACACCGAGGCGGUCGAUGAUGGUGGAGGUCAUUCUGUAGAUGGCCAAACAUCUGGUAUCCACUGUGGGGGUAAAUUAUAUGAAGAUCAUUCCCACCAGGAGUACCAAUCUCCACAUUCAUACCAUGAGUAUCAUGAUCAAGGUGGCGGUCAUCAUCAAUCAUUCCCAUCACAUGAAGAAGAAGCCCAGCGGUACCAUGGCAACCAACAAGAAGGCUACCAAUACCAACCCGAGUACAACUUAUACCAAGACGGUUAGGGGUGGAAAUCGGUACGGUAUCGGUAACCCAAUACCAAAUACCAAAAUCCCGAAUACCCAAUUACACCCUAUAAUCAAUCCCGAUCCCAAUCCCUAAAUAAUUUCGGUAUCCCAAUCCCUAAAUAUUUCGGAAUCCCAACCGGUACUUCGGUAUCCCAAUCGGUAUUAUCGAAUACGAAAUUAAUUACCUUUACAAUUAAUAAUUAAAUAUACUAGAUUUGAUUGUUUAAUAUAGGUCAAAAAGACUAAACAAAGAGUUUUGAGUUUGGCUAGAGCUAGGAUAUGGAUAAGGAGAAUGGAGUAGAGGUGGAAUCUCAAAUUUUUGUCAUUGGUAAUCUUUAAUUUGACGAAUUGGAGGCCGAGAGAAGACCAAUACUAGUGUUUGCUUUUUGGUGUUAUGAAAAAAAAAAACAAUAUAUUGGUGGUUAAGGGUAGUGUAGUAGUGAAUGAGAGAGUCUAGUUGAAAGCCCUAUUAUAUAGGAAGCUAGGGAGCUAGGUGAAUAACCCGAUGAGACCCUUCUUUUAACCCGACCUGAAAAGGAAGCAUUCUUAAUCUGUUUUGUUUGCUUAAUCAACAAGAGAGCUCUCAGGGCAGCUCGGGUGAGUAGCCCGUCCAAGCGAACGAUAAUAGACAGUCCAGUACAAAGCCCUUGUUCUUGCUCUGCAGCUACCUUUCCUAACCUAACUAGGAAUCAAAGACGCCUUCUCCCUCCUUGUUCUAUCAAACCAGACACUUCAUCCCUGGUGGGUUAUCCGGUGAAUUUAUUGCUGUCUCUUAUAGGGCUAAUUCUUACCUGGUAGGGUAUAUGUUCUCUCUAUCUAAUAUAGACUUCUAUAUGCUUUGUAUGAUUACUCCUAUGUAAUAGGGCUUUCUUCUCCUAUUUAGAUUCCUAUGGCUCUUUGCCAACCUUCGAGACGUAGAUAACUCGUAUACAGAAUCUCAACUUCUCUAAGAUCAAAAGCAGACAAGAACUAAAGGCCAGACUUUGGCAGAGUUUUUAUUAUUUCCAUUUAUGUGGUUACUACGGAUUCACUUCUUUCAAUAGGCGGUAGCAAAGGAAGAAUAGCUAACGUUUCGUACCGGGAAUCCACUUCCUUGGCCUUCAAAGCCAUACCACUACUUCUUUCUACUGAAAGGAGAGGGACUCUAAUACAAGACUUAUUCCACCUUCGCAUGCUUCUAAGAUUUCGCCUAAAAAGACUAUCCUUUAGCGGUUAAGUAGGACAAGGAAGAAGUGAAAGUGAGACGAGCAGGUACGUUGAGUCAGAAUGCUAAUUAUAAGUCCAUAUACUAUGCUUUGGAAUCUCUUCUAGUCACAUAGCUCGUCAGCGAUGAAGCAUUCUCCUCCAAAAGACUAGAAAUACGAUUAGCAAUUGCUUUCGCGUAUUUAUUUAGGGCCUUCUAAUUUGGUAAUGAGUUUUUAGUCAUAUCAUUCUUAUUUCCUGUCCCCCACCUUUUUAGUACCAAAAGAAAACAGCUAAAGCAUCCCUUUCUGCAGCUCCUGGAACAGCCGAAUAAUCUGGAGUUGCUCUCUUUCUCUUUGAAGUAUUUAAUUUCUGUGUAAGAGCCCAAAAGGGAAUCAAUCGUUAGCAUUCCA